ACAACAACAACAACAGCAACAACAUACUACUAAUAAUCAUUAUUCAGAAAUGAAUCAUACACUACUUAAUUCCAUAUCAUCAUCAGUAUCAAUGAUGAAUUCUAUGGAUCAUUAUAAUCAUCAUCAUUCUAAAUUAGAUGAAAAAUUAAAUGAUAAUAAAAAAAUUGGAAGAAAUAGAACAACAUUUACACCGGAACAAUUAGAAAUACUUGAAGAAGAAUUUGAACGUACACAUUAUCCUGAUUUAAUGAUUAGAGAACAAUUAGCAGGAUCAAUGUUAAUACCUGAAUCACGUAUACAAGUAUGGUUUUCAAAUCGUCGUGCAAAAUGGCGUCGUGAAGGUAAAGAAUUAAAUCACACCAAACAAAAUAGAUCAUCAAGAUCACCAAGUUUAGAUGAUAAUCCAAGUAAUGAUCAACAUUAUAAUUAUUCAAUAUUGAAUAAAGUACAAGAUUAUUCUAGAAUGAAUGAUCAUCAUCAAUUAGAUCAAUUGAAUUUAAUUAAACAAAAAUUAAAUUAUGAACAAAUGAAUCCUCAUUCUACUAUAGUUUAUCAUCAUCAUGAUGAUUAUCAUCAACAGAAUAAACAAAAAGAAGAACAAAUAAAUAUGAUUAGAAAAGAAUAUGGUAAUAUGAAUUGGACAUAUAUGUCUACACCAAUUCAUCAAGAGCAUCUAUCACCUAAGAAACUAUUCAAUUAUUCUGAACAAUUUGAUCCAUUAAAUGAUCAUAUACCACGAGAUCAUUCAAAUGUAAUCAAUCCAAUUUCUAAUCAUCAAACAGAAACUUAUACAAUGUUAAAUGAUGUAACACGUUCAACUAAUCAUGAACAUAUUUUAUCAACAAAAAUCAAUUUAAAUGAUCCUAUUCUAUCGAUUAAUCAUUAUAAUCAUGAUACAGAUCAUAAUUCUGAUCUAGAUCAUAGACAAAUACAAAAUAUCAUAUCAAAUAAUAAAAGAGAUGGAAUGUUAAUGAUGAAUUCAGAUUUUACUAAAUUAAAUUGUUUGCCAUAUAAUAAUCAAUUAUUAGAGACGAUUCAUACUGUGAAUACGACUACUACUUCUUCUCCUACUCCUCCUCCUCCUCCUCCUACUACUACUACUACUACAAAUAAUCAUAACAGUGAUACUAUUAUUAGUAGUACUACUACUAAUAAUAAUGUAAAUAGUUUAAUGAGUAGUAUACAUACAUUAAAUAGAAAUGAUUCAUUUGAUAUAUCUCACAAUCAAGAAAGACAAAUUGAUAUAGAAUUAAUGGAUAAAACACAAUCUAAUCAUGCAGAUUAUCAACCAAUAUGGUUGAAUUCUACUGAUCAAAUACAUAAUUAUAAAACAGAUUCAAUAAAUCCUUCAUUAUGGUAUGGUAUGACAUAUCCUCAACCAAGUACAUUAUCUACUGAUUCUGGUAUUGGUUCACCACCACCGCCACCACCAUCAUCAACAUCAUCAUCAUUGUCUAUGCUGUCUAACAAUGGUAUCAUUGGUAAAUCACCUAUUUCUAUUGGAUAUGACCAUGGAUCAACUAAUCAUCUAUUACCACAAAUACUUCCUGAUACAUCAUCUCAGUUAUCUUCUAUGGCUGUAGCAGCUGCAGCGGCUGUUGUAGCUUGUUUAAAGAAAUUUAUCUGCAAUCUAAUAAACAAUCCUCAUAAGAUUUUGGAUGAUGAUGAUGAUGAUGAUGAUGAUGAUGAUGAUGAUGAUGAUGAUGAUGAUGAUGAUGAUGAUGAUGAUGAUGAUGAUGAUGAUGAUGAUGAUGAUGAUGAUGAUGAUGAUGAUGAUGAUGAUGAUGAUGAUGAUGAUGAUGAUGAUGAUGAUGAUGAUGAUGAUGAUGAUGAUGAUGAUGAUGAUGAUGAUGAUGAUGAUGAUGAUGAUGAUGAUGAUGAUGAUGAUGAUGAUGAUGAUGAUGAUGAUGAUGAUGAUGAUGAUGAUGAUGAUGAUGAUGAUGAUGAUGAUGAUGAUGAUGAUGAUGAUGAUGAUGAUGAUGAUGAUGAUGAUGAUGAUGAUGAUGAUGAUGAUGAUGAUGAUGAUGAUGAUGAUGAUGAUGAUGAUGAUGAUGAUGAUGAUGAUGAUGAUGAUGAUGAUGAUGAUGAUGAUGAUGAUGAUGAUGAUGAUGAUGAUGAUGAUGAUGAUGAUGAUGAUGAUGAUGAUGAUGAUGAUGAUGAUGAUGAUGAUGAUGAUGAUGAUGAUGAUGAUGAUGAUGAUGAUGAUGAUGAUGAUGAUGAUGAUGAUGAUGAUGAUGAUGAUGAUGAUGAUGAUGAUGAUGAUGAUGAUGAUGAUGAUGAUGAUGAUGAUGAUGAUGAUGAUGAUGAUGAUGAUGAUGAUGAUGAUGAUGAUGAUGAUGAUGAUGAUGAUGAUGAUGAUGAUGAUGAUGAUGAUGAUGAUGAUGAUGAUGAUGAUGAUGAUGAUGAUGAUGAUGAUGAUUAA